UCUUACGGCCAUAUCAUAUCGUGAUAUCGGUCAUAUCGUACUCUUUCAUAAUACUGAGGUACAAAUUCGUUUUUAGCAGAAGCCUUUGAAAGCACACAUAAAUUCACAAUAUCUAUCGAAAGGGCCAAUCUAUAUCUUACAUUUAUUAUAUUCAUUAUUUAAUGUAUUUUUCUAGGAAAGAAAACCGGGAUUAGGGAUAGUGAUGAAAAACGUGCGGGAUGCGUGAUUCUCGUCAAAAAGGAGCGGGAAUGCGGGAUCAGACCCCCCUCCCUUCCAGACCCUCCUAUUCAAAUCCUUUUGCAGUCCAUUAAUACAUUACGUAUAAUAAAGAAUACAGUAAACAGAUGGGGUAAAGUAUUAAUUAAACCCCCAGGGACGGAAGUAAGUGAUUGAAAUUCAUGUCACGUACCAAAUGAAGCUUUAAGUUCCCAGUUUCCAUUUUUACAAAAAAAUUCAACACAAGGUUUUCUUUCUUACCUCUUUAUUUCUCUAAAUGAAACUCCGAACACUGAAUAAUUUAAUAGGGAGAAAAUUCCGCGAUCAAACAUAUAUAUGUACAAUAUCCCGUAAGAGACCCUCUGGCCAUAUUGUAAUUGGUUGAAUGAAGAUCAGCGGCUGCCAUGAUUGUCAACUUUGGAUGGGGUCUUCUCUAGGUUGUUAUGCAAGUUCAUUUGUUAACCAAUCAGCACUGUCCUUUGACAGCAACCUUUCAGUUUAAAGAAAUUUCUAAAUCAUUGGAAUCGAGCUGGUUUAAGUUUUAUGUCAAAAGGUAGUGAUCUUAAUAAUCAACAGUAAUAAAUAAACACUGCAAACGAUUUCCAUAUGGUAGCAAAACAUUAUCAAGUUCUCUGUACUGUAACUGAGUUUGCGAGUAACACCUGUUGGAAGAUUUAAUAUUCAAAAUAAAUUUGUCAGUCAGUGUACGACGUCUUCCAAACUCAACACUGAGAAACCUUCAUUUCAAGCUCGGAAAACGCCAUGCUAUCAUCACGAGCAGUGUGUGCACUAGAAAUUAGCCAAAGGUCUAUAAAUAACAUUGAUAAUACUGGUUCAACCGAAGAAUAUCCGAGAGAAAACGAAAUGAACACAAAUUGUCAAAAUCAGCUCUCAGCGAUCUUCAGUCCAAUUUUGAUCGCCAUGAAAUUGUCUGGGCAGUUUUUCGGAGAAACCGCACCGGCUGAGAUAGGUCGCCGAAGAACAGGCUACAUUUCGCGAUUUUUCAGCACGCUCGUCGUUCUGGGCCAAUGGCUACUCGUGGUAUUGAGUGUUAUAAGUCAUUUUCACAUAGGUUUCUCGACAACGCCGGAGUUUUUCUUCUUAUUCGUUACCACCAUUUGGUAUGCCAAAUGCGCAAGUAGCACCACCGUUUGCUUGGUCGUUUUGCCAUUAGCGCCAAACAGGCGACCAUCGAGAUUUGCUCGAUUUCUUUCCAGUUUUGGAACGAACACACCCGAACUAGAAGGAAUGAAGGAAAAAGCAGUGAAAGGUUUAGCUUUGGGUUGCCUUUCUGUUCUGAUCAAUACCGUUGUCGUCACCUAUUUCAGUGUCUGCUACAGAGGUAUAAUCUCUAUUUUCCCACCAUGGUAUCCACACUCAGAUAAGUACUUGGCAGUGCGAGUGAUAGAAGUGGUCUUUGGGACUUUCGACUCCUUCGCUUGGAUUCUUCCAGCCUUGAUCUUCUGCAUCACCUGCAUGCUCCUGGAAAAGACGUUCGAAACUCUGCAAAAGAAAAUGUCCAAGGAAUCCUUCCACUCUUUCACCAUAGCACACCUGCGGCGGGAACACCUGAAGCUUUGUGAGAUGGUAGAGCAGGCUAAUGCUGUGUUCUCGCCGCUCCUCUUUGUGAUCGUUUCACUGGACAUACCACUUUUGUGUAUCAACUUCCAUCAACUCAUCAAGUCGGCAAGCAGCCAAAAAGACACCAUCGUUAUUAUCAGCUACCUCUACUGGAGUUUGUGUAUAGCGACUUUGCUUGGGGUUGUUUUCAUGUUUGGAAGCCGCGUUAACGAGAAGGCUCACAGUUUCUAUGAAACCUUACAGAAAUCUAAGUUUUCUGUCGAAGACAUAAAAGAACAUACUGAGUUGAUGCUCUUCCUUGCCCACUUGCGGGGAGAUCCCAUCGGAUUGUCUGUGGGGGGAUUGGCGGUUAUCAGCAAGUCGGUGUUUCUCACGCUCUUUGGAUUAAUUGUGUCGUACUUCAUCGUACUGGUGACGUUACCAAGUUAAGCUCACGGAGAGAAGAAUACCCAAAGAGAGCUAAAGUUGUAGAAGCUUGGAAUUUAGCUUCCAACUCAGGAGUGCUCAGCAGGACAUUCACGGGUUGCAAUAUUACAGGAUGUGGCCUUGUUAAAGCUGUUGUUCAUUGGAAGUUUGAGACAUCCAAAGAGAACAAAAGCAAAACAACAAACCCAGAAGAGCACAUUUCGAAACAACUUUGCGUCUGACAAACCAGCUAUACACUAAGCAAAGUUGGUUUUCUGAUCUCUUCAUGCCCGGAAACUGUGGAAACUAUUUUGCUGUUACUUAACCAGACAACUUAGAAACGAGUUGAGCAAUCAUAAUUUUACCGGGAAUAAACUAGGAGAUGUGAUUGUAAAUCCACGAAUUGUUGCCGUAAGGUUUAAUUUGAAGAUGGCCAGGGGUCGUUAUGCUUGGAAAUGGCCAGAAUAAUUCUCUGUGUAACUUAAUAAUACAAGCAAAAGACUGAAACUGAAAAAUGACCCAAAAAAGAGGGCAACACUAUUGCUGACUCUAAUAAAUUGUUCAAACUAAAAAACAGCGACGCAACUUUUCUUACCAUAAUAUAUACUAGGUAAAAAAUUAGUAAGACUCCGUAGUCACUGUAAUAUUGUAAACCUUAUGGAGUAGAGUAACGAGGAGCAAAUUGCUCCUUCUCAUCCGAUUGAUCAUGAAUAUCAAUUAGAAAAUAUCUUUACACACCUUUACACCUGGUAAAUAUUGAACGGGAAUGAAAAAGAUAACUUUUGAACGUUUUUUCUACCACCAAUACACUGAUUCAAACCCUUUCGGAGUCCAUUAAUACAUUACGUAUAAUAAGGAAUAUAUAGUAAACACAUAGGAUAAAGUAUUAAUUAAACCCCUAGGAACAGAAGUGAUUGAAAUUCAUUUCACGUACCAAAUGAAGCUUUAAGUUCCCAAUUUCCAUUUUUAGAAAAACAACAAACAACAAACAAACAAACAAAACGAAUAAGAAUUCAACACAAAGUUUUCUUUCUUACCUCUUUAUUCCUCUGAAUGUAACUCCAAACACUAAAUAAUUUAAUAUGGAAAAAAUUCCACGACCAAACAUUUCAGCCAAAGCAGUUUAUCAAAGAGGAAGACAUGAAAAAAAGAUUAAAACAUGUACAAUAUCCUGUUGAGACCCUCUGGCCAUAUUGUAAUUGGUUGAAUGAAGAUCAGCGGCUGCCAUAAUGGUCAACUUUGGAUGGAGUCCUCCCUAAGUUGUUAUGCAAGUUCAUUUGUUAAGCAAUCAGCACUGUCCUUUGACAGCAACCUUUCGUUUAAAAAACUAUUCUAAAUCAUUGGAAUCGAGCUGGUUUAAGUUUUAUGUCAAAAGGUAGUGAUCUUUAUAGUCAGCAGUAAUAAAUAAACACUGCAAACGAUUUCCAUAUGAUAACAAAACAUUAUCAAGUUCUCUGCAGUGUAAUUGAGUUUGCGAGUAACACCUGUUUGAAGAUUUAAUAUUCAGAAUAAAUUCGUCCAUCAUUGUACGACGUCUUCGAAACUCAACACUGAGAAACCUUCAUUUCAAGCUCGGAAAACGCCAUGCUAUCAUCACGAGCAGUGUAUCCUCCAGAAAUUAGCCAAAGUUCUAUAAAUAACACUCAUAAUACUGGUUCAACCGAAGAAUAUCCGAGAGAAAACGAAAUGAACACAAAUCAUCGAAAUCAGCUCUCAGCGAUCUUCAGUCCAAUUUUGAUCGCCAUGAAAUUGUCUGGGCAGUUUUUCGGAGAAACCGCACCGGCUGAAAUAGGUCGCCGAAGAACAGGCUACAUUUCGCGAUUUUUCAGCACGCUCGUCGUUCUGGGCCAAUGGCUACUCGUGGUAUUGAGUGUUAUAAGUCAUUUUCACAUAGGUUUCUCGACAACGCCGGAGUUUUUCUUCUUAUUCGUUACCACCAUUUGGUAUGCCAAAUGCGCAAGUAGCACCACCGUUUGCUUGGUCGUUUUGCCAUUAGCGCCAAACAGGCGACCAUCGAGAUUUGCUCGAUUUCUUUCCAGUUUUGGAACGAACACACCCGAACUAGAAGGAAUGAAGGAAAAAGCAGUGAAAGGUUUAGCUUUGGGUUGCCUUUCUGUUCUGAUCAAUACCGUUGUCGUCACCUAUUUCAGUGUCUGCUACAGAGGUAUAAUCUCUAUUUUCCCACCAUGGUAUCCACACUCAGAUAAGUACUUGGCAGUGCGAGUGAUAGAAGUGGUCUUUGGGACUUUCGACUCCUUCGCUUGGAUUCUUCCAGCCUUGAUCUUCUGCAUCACCUGCAUGCUCCUGGAAAAGACGUUCGAAACUCUGCAAAAGAAAAUGUCCAAGGAAUCCUUCCACUCUUUCACCAUAGCACACCUGCGGCGGGAACACCUGAAGCUUUGUGAGAUGGUAGAGCAGGCUAAUGCUGUGUUCUCGCCGCUCCUCUUUGUGAUCGUUUCACUGGACAUACCACUUUUGUGUAUCAACUUCCAUCAACUCAUCAAGUCGGCAAGCAGCCAAAAAGACACCAUCGUUAUUAUCAGCUACCUCUACUGGAGUUUGUGUAUAGCGACUUUGCUUGGGGUUGUUUUCAUGUUUGGAAGCCGCGUUAACGAGAAGUCGGCAAGCAGCCAAAAAGACACCAUCGUUAUUAUCAGCUACCUCUACUGGAGUUUGUGUAUAGCGACUUUGCUAGGGGUUGUUUUCAUGUUUGGAAGCCGCGUUAACGAGAAGGCUCACAGUUUCUAUGAGACCUUACAGAAAUCUAAGGUUUCUGUCGAAGACAUAAAAGAAAACACUGAGUUGAUGCUCUUCCUUGCCCACCUGCGGGGAGAUCCCAUCGGAUUGUCUGUGGGGGGAUUGGCAGUCAUCAGCAAGUCGGUGUUCCUCACGCUCUUUGGAUUAAUUGUGUCGUACUUCAUCGUACUGGUGACGUUACCAAGUUAAGCUGACGGAGAGAAGAAUACCCAAUGAGAGCUAAAGCUGUAAAAGCUUGCAAUUUAGUUUCAAACAAGCUUCUUAUUGCAUCAAGGCAGAAGUUACAAGAAGUUAUGGAAAGUCCCUCGAUUACUAUAAACGAGAACGCAGUAGAGCAAGUAGUCUCCACUAAAUCCCUUGGAGUUUAUGUCGAUCAAAAUGUAAACUGGGAGUGUCAUAUUGAAAAUAUCUCUAAGAAGAUAGCUUGUGCCAUUGGUGCAAUUACUCGAAUUCGGCAUCUCACUCCAUUCAAUAUUUUGAUUAAAGUUUAUAAUAGCCUUGUUCAACCACAUUGUGAUUAUUGCUAUGUAGUGUGGGGAAACUGUAACAAGGGCCUUUAUGAAAAACUCCAAAGGCUUCAAAAUAACGCAGCUCGCACCCCAAUUUCUGCGAGCUAUGAUAGUAAUAUGGAUGAUUUGUUUCGGGCACUGGGGUGGCGAAGACUCUACUAUCAAAGAUUGGAACAGAAGUCUAUCCUAAUGUAUCAAACACUACGUGGUAUGACACCUGAUUAUCUAAGAUCAAGAUUCGUAUAUCGUGACAAUGUAAGUGCUUAUCUUUUAAGGAAUACCGAAAACAAAUUAGUUCUUCCAUAACCUCGAACUGAUUAUCUUAGAGAGGUUUUUCGUAUAGCGGACCUAUAGACCUUAGACAAGUAUCUUCACAGAUCGAUUUCAAAUCUAAAUUAAGUUGCCAUAGUUUUAAGUAAUAUCUUAAUUUUAAGUAAUUUUUUAGACACGGCCUCCAUGAAAAGCAUUUUUUUAAAAUUUGAAUUGUUGUUAUUGAUUUUUAUUGCAGCUAGGUAAAUCGGUAGAUAGUCCAGUAACUUAAUUGACUGAUG